AGAGAAGCUGCUGCUCUGUUCAGAAAAUGGCCGACAGAUUUUCUAGGUUCAACGAAGAACGUGAUUUCAAGGGUGGGAAUCACUUCGACCAGUAUGAAGAGGGCCAGUUGGAGCUGGAACAGGCGUCCCUGGACAAGCCCAUCGAAUCGGUAAGGCAUCGUACAUCAUCUCGCACCAUUGGACCAGCUGUGAGAGUGGAUGAUUGUUCCAGGGAGGAAUAAGAACCACACCUUUUUACUCCAUUCAUUAUGUCCAUGUAGAUACAUCCAGUGUUUUCUUGAACACACUUGCCACCUAACCUGUAGAAUCACUUGUCUCGUGUCCAUUAAUACCCUUUUAGUCCCUGCCAUUUCCCAUGUCCUCUGCCUACUCCAUUUUCUGUGUGACAGUUAAAAUGAUUAUGUAUAUGCUAGAUCUUCUUGUUUUAUGUAAAGCUUACAGAUAAUCAUUUGAAUUUUGUAUCAGUCUCCCAUUAGUCAUUGUUAGUCAUCUUAGCACAAUGAGAGGAGAUGACUCUGAAAGCAUGGAGUGGAUAAAGCACUGUCAUUAAAGGCUGUUUUCUAAAUAUUCUAGCUGUUCAUCCAUUUUAAACGACAAGAUUCUGUUCUGCAUACUGGAUAUAGUUGCUUUGAGGAAAGUUGCUGUACAGAGCCCUGUAGUUUUGUUAUAUUUGUAUUGGUGAUUUACCUGUUUAACCACUCUGAUUUAUGGAUUCACGGAUUUAAAAUAUUCAGCGGGGUGUUAUCAUAAAUGAAACCCUGUUAAACAAGAAUAUGCACAUGGUGCAGGACAGAUUUGGAUUUAAAAACAGCCCGAUUAGGUAGAGUUUACAUUAUAUAUCUGAUUAUUUUGCAGUGACUCAAAUUUUUCUGUUAAUUAAAAGUGGGCAGUGCUUAUUCCACUCCAAUUAGCAAACGAUAAAGUGCACAUAAGAUGGUGUGAAUGGCUACAUUUGUUUUUGAAUGAGUGUGUGUCUAUGUAGUUUUAGAGUUUGUGUUAGUGUUUGUGUCUAUAGGACAGUUAUCUUAUUGUACACAACUUGGGGUGUUCGACAUUUCUCUCCUGCAGCGAAUUGGCCCCUAUUAGCUAAGCAGCAAUGACCCGGUUUGUAUUUGCACGCUCUGCUUUCUUACUCCUAUCUUUAGGGUCCUUGUAACGCUUCUCUGACUGUCUUUUUCUCUCUCUCUGUUUCACUACUGUCACAAUCUACAUCUAUUUUCUCUCUACCUCUAUUUCUCUCUCGCUCCCUCCCUAUUACACAGUGAUUCGGUGUACAGUACCCUCUGUCAUUCUGUGCUGGCAUGGUGCUUGUGCAACUGGGACUGCAUUUUUCGCUGAAGAGGCACAAAGAUAAUAGUGCAGGCAGCUCUCUUGUUUCUGUCUUUCCCACUCUCUCCAUCCCCCUGUUUCUGAAGCACUGUGGUGAGCAGGCCCAAACUCCUCUUACCUACAGUGUCGAGUCACCUCUCAACAUUAUGGAUGUGCUUAAUAAGCCAUUCGGAUAGGAUAAGCAACCAGGUAUAGAUCAAAAGAAUAGUGUAGUUGUUUUUACAAUCUAAAAUGAAUGCAUUGAACAUUGAUGUAAUAUCCAUGCACAUUUUUGACAGAUUCCUUAAUCAGUCGUCAGCCAUGUUAAUGAUCAAUAAUCGAUAAAUAAUUAAAAGCCUAUCAAAUUUAAAAAACAUGUUUUUCCUCAAUGAGAGCUAUAUUUAAGCAAUUGGCAUGGCUGUUUUGUAGCAUAAGUAAAUUGGAUAUUUGAAUUGUGAAUAAACGCAAUUAAAUUGAAAAUAAAAAGAUACAACUGAAAUAAUAGCUUGCUAAAAAACACUAUUUUAUUAAGGACAUAUAUUAUAUGAGACUAAAACAUUCAGAGCACUUCUAUCAAUAGCAAAAAUCUAUAAUGUUUAUAUUGUUGAAAAGAGCUGUAGGCUACAAAUGAACAUUACCAAUCCUGUUGAGUUUUUAAGCAGCAGCAAAAUCCAGUCGUCAUGGUGAUAGUCAUAUGUCCUGCUUGUUAUUAUUUCUCACACAAUGAUCCUAUUUGUAGCCUGAACAUGUGUUUUCCAUAGCUAGAACCAAGAAUAUAAAAAGUGUAUAUCCUGGUUGAGUAUUUCAGGCACACAAGCAUCCCACUGUGUGUGGGUGGUGGAGGGUGAGAAAAGAAAGGGAGAGAUGUGGCCUGCUCACCUGGCUUGAGUAGCUCUUUUGCUCCUGCGCUAUUAUUUGAGGAGGGGCGCUGAGGGCUGCGCUGCAGCAUCACACAGCUCUUCACACAUCAGUGGAAAAAUCUGAGUUGCUGUCACUUUGUCACCAAUAGUAAUAGACACCUUGCAUAUUCUCUUUGGAAAGUGCAUGCCCAAAGAAGAAGGUGGCAGACUUUUUAUCCACAGGCAAGUAAACAUGAAAGUUUGCCACCAAGCAAAUCAUUUAAUCCUAAAGAAUAUUUUAGAAGAUUUGGUGACAUCUGGUGCGUUUUUCAUAAUGACGUAAUUCCUGUUUCAAAGGCAACAUGUACAUCCUACAACAUACUAGUCAAGUGCCUCACAGCCGACGAGGAGAAAUGUAUCUACACCUGCUCAGCCUAAAAAAAGACAUCCAGGUAUGAUUUACGGUGCACUUAGAGGGAUAACUAAAACGUUACAUUAAAUGUUAAAACACAUAGACUGACACACAGUAUGUGACCAUGUUGUUAGGUACACUACACAGGCCUUCGUAGUGCAAACCUUUGGCAGUUGGCCACAAGUGUUACAUCUGAGAUCUGUUAGUGAAUGCUUCGGCCUAGCUUCUCAGCGCUCCUCCCCUGCCACUUGUUGUGUGUGAUCUAUAGGCAGCUAGAGGUCUGUGGUACUUUAUUGGGAUCUUUUUACUCUUUCUGUCUUUCCCCUUUUGGUCUUUGAUCUUUCUCUCUAACAUUGUUUUUGCAUUGCAUGUGUUAACUUGGUAGCAUUCAGUACUAUUUUAUCUCAACACUCUGUCCUAAUCACUACUACAAUUUUCCUCCCAGACUCAUCCCUUCCACGUCCUCUGCCCCUUCCAAUCCCUCCAACCUACCCCCUCCCCUUCCUGACCCUGUCCAAGAGCGAUAUGCAGCGGGCAGCCUCAGAGCCACAGAAACCACACAUACAUACCAGAAAUCAAAGAAACUCAUGUACCACAGGAAGAGUUGUUUUAGUAAAACGUUUGUGUAUUUCUUUUCAUCCAAGUUGUAGUCAUUACUAAUCAUCUCUUACUCAAAUUACGUCAAAUUAAGUGCCACAGAUGGGGGACAUUUUAGGUAUUAGUGUAUCAGAUGUUACGGAGAGUGUAUAGCCUUUUGCAUUAUAGCCAGACAUGAUUUGACACAGCUGUUUAUAACUGUUGACUUCUCACCUUAGGUGGGAAGAGGAACACAAGGAAAGGGUCAGACACACUCCUUUUUAAUAUCCUGACCCACAUUUUUUUUCCAACACUGAAAUCUCUCUAUUUUGCACCAGUCAAUCCAAUGAACAGCAGGGGUGAUGGGUUCAAAGUAAUUGCUGAGGCCCUCCAAAUGUUCUUUUUAAAGUCAGUGAUGGAGUAAGAGUGGAGAAAAACAAUAAAAAAAAAAAAAACACUUCAAACUCAAUGGGUGUUACAGUGUCUGUUUAAAGAUGUUGGAGACCCCUUUUAACUUUGGCCUUCAGUGUUUUUAACUUAACUACACUUUGAUAAACUUCCAGUUGAUGAAUUGGGCCUUCAGAAUUAUGAGGUAAGUAUGUAUUUUUAAAUAAUACUUAAACAUUUAUAUUAAUUGGACUCUGAUUCUGUCAUUUUCCCCCUUCACUUAGUUAAGGAAAUCUUUAAUCCCCUCACCUUUCAAUCUGACACAUCCACACCACCAUUUACUGGGAAGCAGGAGCCUUCUGUUUUAAGUGUUUGGCUUUUGACGACAGACAGUUUUUUUUCUAUUUAGUCACACCUGCAAUAGCUGAGACUGACCAGGAAUGUACAGAGCACCUUACACAAGGGAGCUGCAAGAGUUUAUGAGAAGCCACAGACAGCAGGCCCUGUCCUCCACCAACGCUUGCCAAAAGAACUCAGGGAAACACGGCAGAGUAUGAUGAGUUACUGCAGCAGCCCACUUUUUGCAAGACAGAUCCUUAAGGAGCCUGUCUGUUGUUGUUGUUUUUUUCAGAAUGUGUGAAAAUCUCAUAUGUUUUUGAGAGUGGUCAACCAAAGAAAAUUAAGUUUAAAUUUAGUCACUUCUGUGGAUUGUUAUGCCUUUUUCAUGUUACAUCCUCCUAGGUAAUCUGAACAGGAGCAAUUUAUUUUACCCAGACAGGGACACACAAACACAACCAUACUGUACACGCAUAAAUGGCUGCAUAGACUGAAGCAAUAUGAUUCCUAAAUACUCUGAGGUCUCUAGGUGGGGUCCCCUGCAUAUCACUUCCCUUACCCAUCUCUUUUGCCAUGCACUGUGCCAAUGAUGGCACAGUGCACAGUUUUAAAAACACCCCCUAUUGUAGAUCUCUUUUGUUUGGAUAACAUUUUUCUAUUUUUCUCUCUCCUGUAUUAACAGUCAGUUAUUGGAUUUAUUGACAUGCCUACCUUUUCUGUUUGUAUAAAGUAUUAUGUUUGUUUAAAAACAGAGAGAGAUUUGCAUUUUUAAGACCUUAGAGAAGCAAGAAGAAUUGCAGUUGAAAGCGUUUGGCUGGUUUCUUACGUUGUGUCACGUGUGACUGUUUUUUUGACAGCCCAGUAUUUUAAAGCCAGGUUCGUAUGGAAAUGCCUUCACUCCACUUGCACUGCUGUUGGACUCGCCGUCGUUGCUUUCAUCCGUCUGUCUGUCUAUUCUUUUGGUGCACUCAUCUGUUGUUCAACACGCAGUCUGCACCUCAUCUCAGCCCUUUAACCUUUGCUGAGCCCAUUUUGAAAUAAUAUCUUUAUUAGUGUCAGCAGUUGCAACUGGUGCCUCAUCCAACCUGCCCUUCUUUUUAAUAUUGCUUUAAUCUCACUAAGAUAAAAAUAAAAUUUUAAAUCGUAAGCUUUGUAAGAGGAAACAUGUAGGGCUUAUGUUCUUUAAGCUUUCAGAUAAUUUCAUUAUACAGCCCUUGGUCAGACUUUGCUGACUUUUGUGAUGAAAAAUAAACGAAUCAGCUAACAGGAAUUAUGUAGAGGCUGAGCAAGAGUAUUUCUCAGGCGCCUAGUUCAGGGUGCAUAUUAAUUUCCUCCUUUCUCCAAGCCAAGUCAAUAUAAAUGUUCAUGUGUAGAGUGUUGCACCAUAAUACUGCAGUAAGGGACAGAAGUAUAUCCAGUGAUGGUGGGAGGGGAGGCGUUCACUGCAGCAAAUUCUGCAGUGUUUUCCUACAAAAUGGAGCAGGGACAUGUUAUACAAAGUGAUAGCAUGUUAAUAUAGCAUUUAAUGUCCCAGUUAUGAGUUGAUACAGGCAGGCCAUCUUCUUGCAACCAUGAGAGGCCUAGCACGGAUUCCUUUUUUAUCUCAACGGAAACAGGAAGGGAAGUAGUUUAGCCACUCACUUGGGAGGCAAACAUCAGCCAGAUGUUUUAGAUUUAUUUAUCCUAGUCUUCAUGAUGGUAGAAUUUUUAAAACUAACAAACUUUAAUUCUUCCAGAAAAAUAGGGCAAAGGAAGGCAACAGUUUGCUCUGAAAUACCAACAGUGGUUGACAAAAAGGUUACGCCAAAUGAGACCUUGUGGGCGGAGAUGCAGUGUGUGCUGUGUGUUUGACUACCACUCCCCUUCACAUGCACUAAUCUAUUCAAGCCCAGCUCACCUCCACCACCCCAGAAACUCACCUACACCAUGGCUCAGCCUGCUCUGUUCUGCCCCCCCGUCUUGAACCUCCUCUUUUGUCAAAGAGAACUAAUUGAGCCCUGUUGGGCCAUCACCUUCCUCUCUGUGCCUGAUCCACCCAAGACUAACACAGUUGGAGUUUUGUUAACCCGCCCUCCACCCCACUGCCCCACCCCUUUUGUAUGUGUACCAUUCACAGUGCGCUACUAACACCGACGAUCCUUUUUGUUAAAACUCUUUAACAAAAAGCUGCAUGCUGUUUUGUUCCAACCCCUUCACUUUCUGUUUGUGAAAGUUGAUGUCAAUCUCUUUGUGAUUAUAAAUAUCCUUUUUGUUUGGUUUGUAUGUUCUUUUGGUAGAAUGCAGCACUCUGGUGAAUGUUAGACAAGCUUGGAAUAGUUAUAAUCACAACAGAAAAACACUCAGAAAUCUCAUUGUUCCUGUUUAUUUGUGCUUGAGGAUGUACUGUAGUGUGUAGUGGUGGGAGAGUUUUGCAUUUCACUUAAUGUUUUUGUUUUCUUGCUGACCCAUACUAGUGAUAUAAAUGUCUCAGACAUGCACAUUUGGCCCCAGAGUGUGCUAUGAAUUUCUGUUGUGUAUGUUCUCACACAACUCUCUUGCCUCUUUGAUUCAUAAUCAGUUUGCCUCAUCUUGUCCACAUGUGCAGUGUUUGUAUAUAUUGCCAUAGCAACCAUUAGUAUUAAAAGAAAAUCAGAAAAUUAAUACUUUAAAGCGGAUUACGUCACUGCAGUUAUUUUAUCUUAUGCUAGCUAAAAAGUACUUUGCAGUUUGGUAAAGUCUGCCAAGUAUGUUUUUUUUUUUUUUCUUUUUUUUUUUAAAUGAUAUAUGAAUUGUAAUAUCUAUGAAUGAACAAAUUAGAGGCAUACAUUUGUAUAUAAUGGUUUAAAAUUGUUCACAUGGUUGGGAUCAGAGUCAGACCAUUGAUAACAGACUAGAGAUGCUGAAGGUGUUCAAAAACAUGCACAAUAGCUAUUUCUAGUAUAUCUAAUGGGGCUACAUGCACACAAUGUCUCCCUCUCUUCACCUGCACACCCACAUAUCCCUGUGCAUAUUCUGUCCACCCUGGGCCUUGUAAUGGUAAUCCAAGGCCCCCUAGCUCCACUUCUGUCUCUUCCUCUUGCUAUAUUUUUUGUGACAGCUGCAUAUGUUUCAUGAUGCUCCCCUUGUCAUGGUUACGAAAUCACAGCAAGCUUGGACAUUCUGGUCUUUGUUUUGUUAAUGCAAGAUUUCCAUACCUGUUCUGUGUCACUUUUUUGUGUACUAAGAUCUUGCUCUGUGGUGGUUCAUAUAUGUAUGCGUGUGUGAUACAUAUAUUGCCCCCUCCUUCCUCCCACUCCUCUUAACUUCUCAGUUAGUGGAUGUGACUUGAUGUGUUAUCUUUAUCAUCCAAAAAAAGGUAGAAAUGCUCAUACCCAAUUUCUUUGCCUUAGAAACUGCACUCCUACUGUAGAGGGUAUCCUGUAGUUUACAGGCUACACAUAGCCUGAUGUAUUAAUCAUAGUGGAAAACCUACCCUUUCUCUCAGUCUCCCACUCUCUAUCCCCCAACCCCCCUUACCACUCCUUGUGCUGGAAGACACUGAUAGUACACGCUGUAGGUGAUGUGGAUGACGAUAAUAAUGGUGGUGGUGGUUGUGCUGAUGAUGAUAGCGUGAUCUGAGUGUUUUAUUUUGUUUUUGUUUGUUUGUUUGUUUGUUUUUUGUUUGUUUGUUUUGUUUGUUUCUGACCAGUACCCAACGGGAAAAAGCUUCUCUUAUUAUUGGAAUAUUUUUGGUUUUUUUCUCCUCUGUUCUCUCUGCUAGGAUAACAUCGGGCACCGGCUGCUUCAGAAACAUGGCUGGAAGUUGGGGCAAGGUCUUGGCAAAACCAUGCAGGGUAAGGUUUGUUGGAUUCCCUCUGUAUGUCAGUAUGUGUGUGUGGGUGUGUUUUCUUUCUCCCACUCUGAGGUUGACCUCAAUGUAACACCCCUUUUACAGUGUACCGUAGGCUAAUGGCCUCUGUCAGCUUCCUCCUCUUUGCUUCAUAAUCACUAAACCUUUAUUUCAAUCUGCACAAAGAGUAAAGCGCUUCUAUUUGAACAAAGAACAAAAGUCCAUUUUAAAUCAAGGUAGAUUUAGAAAGCCAUGAUUCCAUCACACCCCUUAGAAUCAUCAUCUCCACGAUGUUAGAUUUUUUUUCUUUUUCUUCUUUGAGUUUCCGUUGCUGCUGUCGGGUAUCUGAUUGGCUGUAAUUACGGCUCAGACUUUGAAUGGCUUGCAGAGUAGCGAGUUUUCCCCCCUCUGCUUGUUUGCCUGUUUCUACCUCCAAACCUGUGAAACUUGUGUGUGUGGUCAUCGUGUGGGACUGAGAUGUGUAUGUGUCUGUUACUGACCGGGCCAUAGAGUCAACUUACAGGGAAUGUCUCACCACCCUUCUACACCUCGAAUGUCCGUCUGUCCCCAUGGUUACACGCACCCGUCCUCCCCCUGUUUCUUCGCCCCUCCUGCACAGCAUGAUUGUCCCAGAGGUGCACUCCUGCUUGCCUCAAACUGUCCCACUCACCUGGGGCUUUAAGCAGUGUUGGAGGUAACACACUGAACUACUACUUUCGCAUAAAGAAGUGAAAUGUUACACUCCCGACGGGUGCACAGUUCAAAUUUUGUAAGUCUACUUUGGUAAAACUGCUGCGACAUAGCAAUGCAGACUCCACUCUAAGCACUGCUCAAAGCCUUGCCGGCUCUUUCCUCAGGUAUUUUUUAUGUGUCAUGUGUUCACUCGUUCUGGGGUUAAGCACAUCCCAAAACAAGCUUGCUCGCUGAUGGCUAGCGAGGAAAUGAAAAAAUCUCAGGGAGAUUUGCUAACUGGGCUGACAAGUGUCUGCGAGGCAAAAAGCUCAAAGGGGGGAAAUGGUGAUCGUCCCUAGAGGCAUCUAUCAUCUCAGACCAGAUAUUUGACCAUGUUUUUUUUUUUAUAAGGCACAAACAUUUCCCUGUAUCAGACACUCCAAAAGUAGAUGUUACUUUUGCUUCACAACUUUAUUUUUUUUUCCUUUACCUGUCGGACUUAAAAUGCUAUCAGACUCAGCUGUUUUUGAAUUAUUCCCUCACCUAUUACAGCUCCUUCAAAACUACUUCUGAUGGCCUUUCUAAUUUAUUUUCAGUGAAGGUAAAAAAUUAAGGUUUUUACUGAUGCAGGGAUACAGGACUUACUUUAUAAGGGGUGGUAGUUUGGUACCUUUGGGACAUAUUCUGGUUGAGAUUGCAAGAUGACACCAGGCUAGUGGCCUGGGGACUUGGACGAGUGGUUGGGAGAGUGGUGAGAGGAAAUCCCUGUAAGCACCUAGCCCUGAGUGAAGGGAUGAUUUGGGGGGGUGGACACACUGAAGCUCCUCUGGUAAUAAACCCCCCCCUAAACCCCACAACCACACUCCUAACCCCACAAUCCCUUCUCUGUGUGCCUCAAUCUUCCUGCUUAACCAAUUGGUGUUUCUUUUUUACAGCGAUUUGAUCCUGCCCAUGUUGUGCUGAUGGUAAACUUAGUGGUAAAUGUUAUUUUAUCCCCCAAUCGAAUUGUUUUAUUUAUUUUGUUUUAAUUUCUCCCAUUUGUUUUCCUCUCAUCAGAGCACCAAUGCUACAUAGGCUUUCAAUUCUCUCUAUUAGUCCUCAUUCUGCUGCUUGUAUAUUAUCAUGCAUAUGUAUUACUCUUAGAACAUUGUCAUUUCGUUUGUUUUCAGUUUUUUUUUUUUUUUUUUUUAAACCUUGUGAUUCACACCCUGUGAUUUAGAUGCACAUUGUUUUUGUCUAGUCCCUUUAUUUUCCACUUGAAUGGGUAAUGUGGAAGUAUUGUCACUGUGUUUAAAGAUUGGUGAUAGUUUGGGAUGACUGUAAUUGUUCAUUAAUCUUUAAUUCUAGGCCUGGCUUAUGACUCCAUUCAGACAGACCACUGCAGUGGCUGACGAACAGACCAACCACUUUUUUGGAGUGAACACACUUCUAUCAACAGAUAGUCUUGUGAUCUAGAUAUCACAUAAUCAGUCCUCUCCUCACUUCCUCACUGGAAGAAGGCUUCCACAAUUAUGCAAUCAGAGUAAGGUUUUCAGCUAAACACCCACCCAGACACUGCAGUGGGACUGAGAGUCUAGGCAGGCCAUUAUAUGUUACAAUGCUCAUGCAUCUAUGAUUUCAGAAUUAAUGUCAUUGGGCUGUGAUGACUAAAUUAUCCAAGGAAAGCACAGAUAUUAACAUUAAAUCAUGUUCCUACCUUCCUACCUCUGUCCAGGAAAGUAAGAAUGUGCCAGGAAAUGGCUCCAUUUAAAGUAAUAAAUUCAUAGUUUAAUGCAGUAGUAUUUAGUACAUUAUAUCUUUGGGCUCUUUUUGGCUCAAAGUAUUACUUUGGUAAGCCAGUGGGAAACCUGGUAUUGACCUUCUGGUUUUUCUAUGUAAUGGAGAAAACCCUUAAUUUUGAGUCAAAUUUGUAGAAAUUGAAACCACUGGCCCUACUUUGCACAGGUGUCCCAGCAAUUCAACUUUUGUGGUACACUUGCAAGCCCAAUGCUUGUAGGUAUCCCAUAUGCCCAAUGGUAUACAUAGUAAAUCAAUUAAUGCAAAAAACUAACUUGAAUAUGUAGGAGGAAAAAAACUGAAACCAAACUGAAUUGAUAAUCACUAUCAGUAAGAUCGAUUAUUGUAUCUGGCUGGCAACAGGAGCAGCAGAACUAGUCCAAAUUCUUUUUAUGCCUUUUGUUUUGAGAUUCCCCUGUCUGUCUGUCCUCCCCUUCCUUCUUCCCCCUACCCAUACCCAUGUUUUACCAGGUAAGUAUCCCCAUCCCUUGCACUGUCACCAUGGCGAUACCUGGCCUGUGACGUCACUCUGCUGUAGUUCAGUGCUUGUGUCCUUUUUUAAUUUUACUGUCUUUCUCUCUGCUUUGUUUGGCUGAUUAUAAGUGGAUUAAGCAAUUCUGUGUCAAUCUCCAAAGUAGUUUUGAUUUUUAUAUAUUUUAUAUCUUUAAUGUUUCAUUCUGUUUUUUGGUUGUCUUUGGUUUGUUUAUUUUUCUACAGUUAAUUUCCUUCCGAUCUAGCUCUUUUCACAGCUUUCAUAACGUAGCUUAAGUAGACAGAUGAAAGAAAUAAUCUUUCAGCUCUAGUCAUGAUGCGAAAGGGGGCCUGUGACAAGGGAACAAAUUUGGACUUUAGUACAAUAGACGGGGCUUGCAAGGGUCAACCGGCCUGCAGACAGUUUAGAAAGAGAUGAUGCAAUAGGCCUUAGAUAAUAUUGGGAGGCUUUGUUCUCCUCAUGGAGGAUGUCGCAGUGGCGCACAGUAAGCAAUGGCAGCAGCUGCACAGACCUGUUGCAACUCCCUUCUCUCUCUCUCACUCACUCACUCACACACUCGCUCGCUCGCUCACUCACACACUCACACACACACACACACACACACACACACACACACACAAAAACCAAACAGUCCCUCAAGCUGUAGCGUCCUUGAUAAACUUGGCAAUCUGGUUUAACAGGACUGCAGCAAUGAGCGGGUGGAGGAGGGGUGGUGGGUUGCACAACAACACUGGAAAGAUAUGGAAAUAGAUUGCCUUAAGGCUGACAGGCUUGUUUCUAGUGAGCUUUAUCUUUCCAGUAAGACAUAUUGCUGAACAACCCUGUUGCCCUGACUUCAUUCAAAACAAUGAUUGCAGUUAAUUUGACUCAUUUAAAAUGCGAACCAACAGCUAGGCCAAAUGUAAGGGAAGUUAGAUAAAUAAUCUAUACUUGGUGGCUGCAGUAAGCUGUGAGAAUGGCUGAUGUUUGGUUCACUGUAGCUUUCUGGUCUCUUUGCACUUUAAGGCAAAAUUCUCUAACCCCAGCACCCUAUGCUCUAAAAGCAGGCUGUCUCCGAGCUGGCCCUCCAUCUUAGUUUCAAAAACUCACCUAGUCCUCUCUCUGUCUCUUUUCCCUCAGGACGCACCGACCCUGUGCCAAUCAUCCUCAAAUAUGAUGUCAUGGGGAUGGGACGGAUGGAGAUGGAGCUGGACUAUGCAGAGGACGCCACAGAGAAGAGAAGAGUGCUCGAAGUGGAGAAGGAGGACACAGAAGAACUGCGACAAAAAUACAAGGACCAGGUGGAAAAGGAGAAAGCCAUUGCAAAGGCUCUGGAAGACCUGAGAGCCAAUUUCUAUUGUGAGCUAUGUGACAAACAGUACACCAAACACCAGGAAUUUGACAACCACAUUAACUCUUACGACCACGCUCACAAGCAGAGGCUUAAGGAGCUGAAGCAGAGAGAGUUUGCUCGUAAUGUGUCAUCCCGUUCCCGGAAAGGUGGAAAAAAGCAAGAAAAGAUGCUGCGCCGAUUGCAUGAGCUGGCUGAGCAGAGGAAACAACAGGACCGUACUCCAGGAAGUGGGCCCAUGUUCAAAACUACCACAGUGUCUGUGGAUGGAGAGAAGUCGGAUGAUGGCGACAUGACACCUGAAAACACUGCCUUGGCAGACUGUGUCAUGGAUGGAUCUCCGGCAGAUAAAACUGGGGAAGCCUCCCCGAAGCCAGGUCCACUUGUCAGCUUCUCUCUGGGGAAGAACAGCUCCUCAUCCCCAACCCCUAGUGGCGCAUCCAAAGUCAGCGUGUCCUUCUCUUUUGCCAAGAAAGCCCCAGUAAAGCUGGAGACAGCAGCGGCAGUGUUUGCUGAUCAUGGAGAGGAGGCUAUGGAGGAAGAAGAGACCCAGGAGGGAGAGAAGGCUGGAGGGCAAGAGGAGACAUCUGGCAGCAGCACAGACAGCUCUAAGGGAGGUGAAGGAGGAGGUGAAGGAGGAGAAAACGCUAGUGUGGCAACGACAGAAGAGGUGCAGCAGCCUGAUGAUGGAGCCUCUCUAGCCUCUACUCUCAACAAACUGAAGAUGAUGAUGAAAAAAGAGGAAGGAUAUGCUGGACAGGAGCCUCAGUACUACCACUAUAUACCUCCAGCUCACUGCAGGGUAAAGCCUCACUUCCAGUUUUUGCUGUUUAUGAAGGCCACUGAUCAGUGUCUGGGCAAAGAAGACGACGAGGAAGAGGGGCAGGAGGAGAAAGUUGAAGAUAGUUCUGAACAGACAGAGCCUGACGUUGUAGAGUGCAAGACUGAAAAAGGACAAGAUAAUGUCACUUUAUCCCCUGACCCAGAGCCAACUCCUCCAUCGCCUAAAAUGAAGACGGAGGAUGUGUCUUCAUUUGCAGCAGAUACAGCUGCCAUGGUUCCCACCUCCCCUCCACAAAAUGCAGAAAGCACAACAACACAGGACACUCUGGAUUCCAACUUGGGUCCUAAAAUCCCCACAGGUCCCUUCUUUCCAGUUCUGAGCAAAGAUGAGAGCACUACCCUGCAGUGGCCCUCUGAGCUCCUCGAAUUUACAAAAGCUCAGCCUUCCUUGUCUUAUAGCUGUAAUCCCCUCUACUUUGACUUCAAGCUGUCCCGCAACAAAGGCGUGCGUGGUGGGAAAGCAGCAAAGUCCCCUAAGCCUUGUCAAGAGUCUGAUGGCAAGGGGCAAGAGAUGGCGGCAUCAACAGCUGAAGUAGAUGUAACUGCUAAACCCGGGACCAGCACUGACAAAGACAAGCCAAUAAGUAAGGGAGAUGUUGGCCAACCAGAAGAUGAUGAGCAAAAGCUUGCAACUGGCAGUGCCAAGAAGAAAAAGAAAAAGAAGAAGCAUAAGAAGUCUGCAAAGCACUCAAAACGCAAGGGAAAAGACAAGGGAGCAGAAGAAGAUGCAGAGGGCGAGACUGAGGUAACGCAAGAGAAACCCAAAAAGAAGAAAAAACACAAACGGAAGAAGAGCAAAAACAAGGCUCCAGACCAAGAUGAGGCAGCAGGUGAUGAAAAGGAAAAAGCAAAACCAAAGUCAGAAGAUAAAGCCGUUGCCUCCUCUGUUCAGCUGACAACUGGAGCGGCAGGAGCUACGGGAAAUACAGGAGUCGAACCGGGAAAGAGGAAACGUGCUACUAAGGAAGUACCUUGCAAGUCUGGAGCAGAGGAAGGAGGAGCCGGAAAAGGCACCGACAAGGUCAGCUCCUCAGAGGAGCACAGUGGCACCAAGCGACAAAAGACUGACUCCAGUGCACCUCAAAGUGCCUCCUGCUCCACCUCAGCCCAAAAGAGUCCUGGUCCUGGUAGACCGCCCAGCAGCGAGAGUGAAGAAGAAGGGGGCUCUAAUACUCAGCGCUCACGUCAUCACCGGUCAAGUCCUCGGGAACAACGCCGCCACCAUAGUGCAGAAUCAAGGCGGUCCUGCAGCCGUUCUUCAAAACGGGGGGAAAGACGGGGCAGCAGUCGUCGGCGCCAUCGUGGCCAAACCUCUCGUAGUCACUCAUACUCCAGCAGUUCUGAGCGCUCCUCAGCAGGCAGCAGCGCCUAUAGUCACCGUAGCCGCAGCUACUCGGACAGCUACAGCGACUACAGCAAAGAGGGUCACAGACGGAGGCGCUCCAAACGUUCGUCGGACUCCGAGUAUGAGCGUAGGGGAAGCCGAGGACGAAGACAAUCCAGGAGACAUCAGUACACCUCUUCCUCCUCAGAAGACUCCCGCUCGCGUUCACACAGCUACAGCCGCAGGAAGAGGCACCGGCGGCACCAUCGGAGCAGCUCGAGAAGCUCUAGUAGCUGGAGCCGCAGCACCAGUGCAAGAUCGUGGAGGCGCAGCUACAGCCGUAGCCACAGCUCUGCCAGCCGCUCCUCCAGUUCCACUAAAGUCUCUCCCCGGCGACGAGGCCCCAGGGCUCGAGCUGACAGUGACGCACAGCGCAGAGACUUCAACCGCUCUUGCGUCUACCGCUCCCAGUCUCCACGUUCAUCUUCAUCACGAGGCCUUAACCGCAACACCCAUUCAUCCAGCUCCCAGUCUCUGAGGCCAGGGGGGUCCCGAGAUGCAGGGGAACAGAAAAACACCCUUACAGCACGCCAGCUGCUGGAGAAGGUUCAGUCUAAAAAACGCUCUGAUGAUUCUGCCACAGGAACAAAAUCUGGGAAUAAGAUUAAGGACCCACCACAGGGAUACUUUGGUCCCAAACUACCCCCGACCCUUGGAAACAAAACCAUGCUGCCGCUUUUUGGUAAGCUGCAAGCAGGGAAGAAACCGAUGAUUCCCCUAACCAGACCCAAUGAGGGUGAGAAAUCGGGGGCAGGGAAGUGCUCUGAGGCAGAGGUUAUCCUGGUAGAGCCUAUACGGGAGUUCCCCCCUCCACCACCACCUCCAGCUCCACCUGUCCAGAAGGUUGAGGAGGCCCCACAGGUCACGGUGGUGCAAGAGGAGACGCAGCAUCCCACUACAGAAUCCCAGGUGCACCAAGAACCCCGGCCGUUGUUUGAACAGGAGCCUUCCAUGAUGAUGCCCCAGUACCAAGGUGAAUCAGGACAGGACCCUUCUCAGAAUCCCAUGAUGGAGUCCCUCAUGCCAGACAUGCAGCAGCCUCCAAUGCAUGCCUACCCUGCUUACCCACCACCCAACCUGGAGGAAGAUUGCAUGGAGGCAGAGGAGGAUGGACUGGCUCCUUUAGAGAGUCAGCCCAUUACGUUCACACCAGAGGAGAUGGAGAAGUACAGCAAGCUGCAACAGGCUGCACAGCAGCACAUCCAGCAGCAGCUUUUGGCCAAGCAGGUCAAGACAUUUCCGUCUGCUGCCGCAGCUGCAGCUGCGGCUGCGGCAGCUGCCAACAUGGCCCCGGCUCCCCCUCCCCCAACCCUGCAACAGAUCCACAUCCAGCAGCCCACUGUGUCGAUGGCUUCCAUGGCCUCCGGCACAUCAAUCACCACAGUGCAACACGCCAUCCUGCAGCACCAUGCUGCCACUGCUGCAGCCAUGGGCAUUCACCCAGCACAUGCCCACCACCCACACCAUGCACAUGCCCAGUUGGCCCAGGUACACCACAUUCCCCAGCACCACUUUACCCCCAUCUCCCUGUCUCAUUUGGGCCACUCCCUUGGCCAUUCUCUGGGACACUCACUAGGACAUGCUGGGCUGAUUCCUGCCCACCAUACAGCCUUCCUCUCUGGUCAGCCCAUACAUAUUAUCCCAGCUUCUGCACUUCACCACACCCCCUUAGCUCUCCACCAUGUACCACACGCCCUCUACCCCACACUUUUCACACCCCGACCCUCACAGGCUGCUGCAGCAGCAGCUCUCCAACUCCACCCACUGCUACACCCAAUCUUCUCAGGGCAGGACCUCCAGCACCCACCUAACCAUGGCUCUUGAAGGAGUAUAGUCACAGCACCCAACCACUGAAAAAAGACUUAACCGGCUUGGUUCAGGGUUUUAAGAUGGAGUCUUUGCAGCAACAUGCAGGCAUCGAGACAGGAAGCUGUCAAUAAACUACUUCCUCCUUUUACUGGCCAACGCAGUGCAGAAGGUGUAGCCACAAAGUGGUGCUGCCUGUUCUGGGUAUAAAAUUAACAUUAAUAUUUUCUUCUGGCUCAUGCAAGUUCUUUUUUUCAUGUUUUGCCCUGAAUUUUAUAAAACAGGAUGUAGAUUUAAAGCGACAUUCUCAAGACAUUGGUUUAUAUUCCAGUUUGAGGUAUAUUAACACCACACAUCUUGUUUUUGAAUCAUAAGUCAGAGAAACCACUGGAGUUUUUUUUUUCUUCUCAGUUUAUGCUCAUGUUGGCAGCCAAAGAGAGGCGUAAUGACUGAAGCUAUAAACUGAAUCAUGUUAGAGGAGGAGUAUGUGGUAGGCUAACGGCUUCGACUCUGUAAUGUAACCUUCAGAGACAGACUACUUCAUAUUUACUGAUAUUGUUUAUGUUCAUAUGACUACUUGCUCCCUAUUGGAUCCUUGCUCUCAAAUAAUUUGUAAUGCAGUAACUUGUACAUAUAUCAGUGUGUAAUGUGAAGAAUCUCAUCAAUGAUGACGAUAUGAAAUUACAGCUAUGGUGUCCAAAUCGGUAUGACAUCGUCACAUAAGCGAGGGGAAAUGUGAUGGAGUUUGUAACAUCCCUGAUGCUCUGAGGCAAAGCUCAUGGUCCCUGUGGUGAGGGUGCACCUGAAUAAAUUGCACUGAAAAUCUGUACAUCAAGAUGGUGCGUUUGCAUCAUGUAACAAUAAGAUUGUAGUAUACUGCAAUAAAUGUAUUUUUCUGUUUUUAAGUUAUUUUCCAAAAAUGCUCUUCAAAAGAAGGGCUGUGUUUUGCUUUUGUGUAAUUUUGUAAAUAAACCUGCUGUAGAUUAACCUAUUAACAUUCUA